AUGAUGAUGUCGUACUUAUCGCUAUUGGGAGUAUUGCUCCUAGCAGGACUUUCUCAGUCUGAAACUCCAAACACUCGUAUUGUCGGAGGUCGAGACACCACUAUCGAGAACUAUCCAUCUUUAGUGCAAGUGGAAUAUUUCGACCCUGGCUCUGGAUUUUGGCAUCAGGAUUGUGCGGCCAAUAUCCUUACAACUUACUGGAUUCUAACAGCGGCGCAAUGUAACGAAUACACUAGAGAUGAGUACACUCGUAUACGAGCAGGUGCCACUUACCGUGAGACUAACGGGAGCGUACACUACGUAGAUUUUAGCCGCAAUCACCCCAACUACAUACACCUCUACUCCUAUGACGCCGACAUUGGCCUCAUGAAACUGCUAACUCCCCUGGUGUACUCGCCGUAUAUCCAAAAGGCAACUAUUGUCAACCAGGGCUUUGUUGUGCCAGAUAAUUACCCCGUUGUGCACGCUGGAUGGGGAGACAUUUACACCCACGGACCGCAAUCACAAGUACUUCAAAAUGUAACAGUCUUCACGGUGAACAGACAAGUGUGCGAAUGGCGUUGGGGACAUGGUUUGUCAUCACCGAUCACCAAGAACAUGAUCUGCGCCGGUGUCCUGGAAGAAGGUGGUCGUGACGCUUGCCAUGGCGACAAUGGUGGGCCGAUGUAUAUUGGUGACGUCAUCGUCGGCAUCAUCUCCUUCAGAUAUAAGAACUGCGCUGAUCCCUUCACACCUGGUAUCAGCACUUCUGUCGCGUCAUACUCUGAUUGGAUAGUGUCGAAUGCUCGAUAA